AUGCUUGUCGGAUAUCCGGAAGGGUCACACUUGACGGCCCCGCCACUCGUAUUAGAAUCUCGGCCACAAGUUUUGGGUACCCAUGCCCUCAGGACGAGAUCGGAUUCAAGUAGCUCGGCUAUAGCUCCCAGGAUGUCAAUGGGAAAAGCCCUUGACGCCCCUGGGAAUGCCAGGCCUACUAAGAGAGCACGUGUUUCCAAUACAAGAGCCUCUCAAGAAGCCUCCCAAGCUACUAUAAUUCCUGAGGAAAGCGAGAAUGAAGAGGAUAAUAAAGAUAUACUUGAGGAGAAGAAGCAGAACAAGACACUUACUACUAAGUAUAAUAAGGGCAAGGGAAAGAUAAAGGAGAGGGUUUUUGACGAGAAAUAUACCUGUAAUAUCUUCGACCAUAAGCGCUCCGAUUUCUCUGGAUCUAUGGCCUCUGGAUCUAUGGAAAGGUUAGACAAGUAUAAAUAA